GCAUGUGCCACAUUUGUGCGUGGCCCUCGAAUCCCAUCCCUGGGAACCUUGGUAACGUCCAAAGACUCGGCCUGAGUUCGUACAGAGUUUGCUCGUAAUGUGUGUCGGCAAAGCAUCAUGAUCGCCGAGUGCGAAAUGGUCUGGCCCGUGCACGGACUUUCUGGAGUGACAUCAACUCGUCGACCUUCAUCGUCGUCGCGACGAGACAGACGGACAAGAAUCGAGAGCACAACCAUGAGGCCGCAUACUUCAGUGCGGGCAAUACGCUCGAUACAGCGCUGUAUACGCCAACCUGCACAAACACAGAGGCCGACAUUAUCCCAAAGUCUACGGCUACCCUACACAGCAACCCGCGCCUUCACCACCACACCCACACGCCCGCACAACCCCUCGCGCUCCCCAGACUCGACCGUCGACCCAACCGAAGUAUCGCACUUCAACGCGCUCGCCUCAUCAUGGUGGGAUCCACAUGGCUCCUCGCGCCUGCUACACCUCAUGAACCCCCUCCGACACGACUUCAUCGCGUCCUGCCGCUUCAACGACCCCAUGACCCCCUCACAGAAGCUCAAGUACCUUGACAUUGGCUGCGGUGGCGGCAUCUUCGCCGAGUCGGCCGCCCGACUACCAGACACACACAGCGUCACAGCUAUCGACCCGACACCGGGCGUGCUGAAGAUCGCCGAGGGCCACAAGCGUCGCGAUCCUCUGCUCAUGGAGCCAGGACGGCUCACAUACCUCAACACGAGCAUCGAAGACCUUCCCUUGCCCACGCGCCCCGAGGAGGCGUACGACAUCGUCACCCUCUUCGAAGUCCUCGAGCACGUCAACGCGCCCGGGCCAUUCAUUUCCAAUCUGCUCCCGCACGUCAAGCCCGGCGGCUGGCUGGUGAUGAGCACGAUUGCGCGCACGUGGACCAGCUGGCUGGUUACGAACGUCAUGGCCGAAGACGUGCUGGGGAUUGUGCCGAAGGGGACGCACGAGUGGGGCAAGUAUGUGAACGAAGAUGAGUUGAGGGGGUACUUUGCGAAGGAACCGGGGUGGGAUGGGGCAUCGGCCAGGAGUCUGGGUGUGAUGUAUGUGCCGGGGCUUGGGUGGAAGGAAGUCAAGGGUGGAGAGGAUUGGGGGAACUACUUCUUUGCUGUAAAGAGGCUGGAGUAGGGGUGCAAGGCCUGUAUGAUAGUCUGGACGUAGACGGAUGACCGGGAAAGUACAAGAUACCCUAGAAUGUACAAUACGCAUACACAACAACA